CCCAGACCUCGGCCAGGAGUGCAUCGUUUUCAUUUGCUGCGAACGGACAGCAAUUAUUUGACUUAAUCUGCUUUUUUUCCAGACAUGGCAAGGCGAUUUAUUUUACUUUUGCUGUUCAAUGGUGUGUCUAGUAUUGAUACAGAUAAAGUAACAGUGUCUGUGAUGGAGGGAGAUUCAGUCACUCUACACACUGGUGUUAAAGCAAACCAACAAGAAAUGAUUGUAUGGUUUUUUAAUAACACUCGAACAGCUAAAAUCAGUGGAGAUCAGAGUAAGAUCUGUGCUGAUGUUCAGUGUAAAGAAGGUACUGAGAGAAACAGACUAAAGAUGGACGAUCAGACUGGAUCUCUGACCAUCACAAAUAUCACAAUCACAGAUUGUGGACUUUAUAAACUAGUGAUACUCAACGGAACCAGUAGAUCAAAGAUCUUCCACGUUGCUGUUCACGCUGUUCCUGAUAAAAUUGAGAAAAAGUCAGUAAAAGCAGGAAAUUCUGUUACAUUGGAAUCUUUAGAUUGUGGUGUAGUAAAACACCCAUAUCGUAUGAUGAGAUGGUAUUUUAAAGACAGUCUCAUCAUUGAAAUCACUGGAAAUCAGAGUGAGAUCUGUUCAGAUGAUGAGUGUAAAGAGAGAUUCAGAGACAGACUGAAGCUGGACAAUCAGACUGAAUCUCUGACCAUCACAGACAUCAGAACCACAGACUCUGGAGAUUAUAAACUACAGAUCAGGAGCAGCAAUAGCAUUGGUCAUCGCCACCGCCGCAGCAUUAGCAUCACCAGUGUGAAGAGCUUCAGUGUUACAGUCACUGGUCAUUCUCGAGCUGUUGUAGCAAGAAUAUGUGCUCCUGUUAUUACUGUUUUUCUAUUGCUUGUGCUUGUUGCUUAUGCAAUAAGGAAAAGUAAGAUUUAUCGGCUGACUUAAUGGACACAAAUAUGAAAUUAAGUGUGAAAAGAUGUUAACAUGUACAAUUUUGUAUUUUCAUUCUAAUUAACCCCUUACUAGUAACCCCCCUUUUUUGGCAUGGAGACCGAAAUUACAUACCCAAAAUAAAAAGGUUUCUGCUCAUGAUUCUUUCUGACUAGAUACAUAAUCAACCUUUGUUCACAAAGCUGACACUUUAAAGUUUACUGUUCAGGAAUCAGAAUCACUCAGGACUGUUAUGAUAAUAGAGAUAUAUAAGCUCAAACAUAAAAACAAAAAUAAAAAUAUUAAAAACAUAUGUUUUAAAUGUAUUUAAAAAAAUGUUGAUGUAGGAAAUGAGUUUGAAAACACAGUGUAGCUAAGGCCACAAGUCUUCCAAGACUUCAUAAAAAAUUUCAUAAUCGAAUCUGUAAAACUGUGAAUUUUAUGAAAUAUUUUCUAAGGCCAUGUCAUGUGUGUUUUUAGAGAAGGCUAAUCAGAUUGAUUUAUGGCCCUUGUCAUCUCUGUAAGAUCUCACAUGUAAACACUGAUGUGUGUUUUAUAUGUGUUUGGCUGUGAAAACUGCCCGUUUCAUGAUUGUAUUGUUCUCACCAAACGAGUCUUUCACACCUCCGCCAGGUAUGACACAUUAUCCGCAUUAUUGUUUUAUCAUUAUUCUUUUGUUUUUAUUCCACCUUUAUUAGCCUUGAUUGUGGUUUUUCAGGCUUUACAAAGCAACAAAGCAGCGAUCUCACUUCAGUCUCUCUUUGCAUUUAGCCCUUAUUUAUCAAAAGUCUUACUAUAAAAAUACAACAAAACAUUUUCUUACGACCUUACGUGAAUUAUUGAGACAAAAAUGCAUUAUGAAGAAAAGCACCUGCUAUUAGUAGCAUUGGUGCUAACGUUAGCAUCAAGCUACAUCUGACAAUUUAUGAAAUUAUUAGUACACUUUUACUCAAAACUCACUUUAAACCCCGAUCGAGUGUUUAUAAUAACUUCCUUUAGCGAUCAGGGGUGGAAUUUGGUCGUUUACUGUUGUAAAAAUAUGUUAUUUGUAGCCUUUUUCAUCGCUGCACAAGUUAGCAUUUCCGAUGUACAUUUUCGAUUUUUUUUAUAAAAACGCCCCAGAUCUCAAGAAAUUCUCAUACCAAGCUUUACUAUCGUAAUCGCGGGUUUAUUAUUCGGAUAUUUUGUGUGUACAGAGGUGUUUCAGUGUUGUUUUGGCCAGAUAACUACCAGGAAGUGUGCAGGAAGCAUGUGACACGAUGGGGCGGUGUCCAGAUAUGAAACUCUAAGAUGGACGUUUGAAAGACCCAAUCAGAGUCUGAGUCACACACCGCACGAGCUGUGACUACUGCACGCACACAGAGAUCGCUGGGAGAGGCUGUUUAUCAUCUGAUCGCGUAAAUCCGUGGAAAAUGAAUAGAAAUGAUGAUUCUGUCUGAAGAAAUAUAAAGUAAACAUCAGUAAAUAUAUCCAUAUAUCUCCGCAGAUAUGCAUCUUUUGUCUAUAAAUCCUUAUUGACGCUGUUCAGUGAGUCUAUGUGAACACAAAUAAACCGCUCUUGACGUGAUUGAA